ACAUAACAUAUAUGAAUAUAAAUAAGAGGCGUUAUUAAGACCGAGUCUAAUCAGUUCAUUAAAUUCCUGUAAAGCGCUUCAGCUCAGUCUUCUAUAUAGAAGGUUACAGACCAUCAGAAUUACAUAGGGGGAUAUGUUUGUUAAGCAAUUAAUAUACAUUGAAUGUCAUGGGAAACUAAAGGGGCGAGUGCUUUUCAGUGUUGUGAUCACAUAGUUUGUCAACAAAUCCUACCUUUCAAGUUACAAAGAUAAUCUCAGCGUGAUUAUCAAUCAAUUAUUUGAUACUAAAUUUGUUAUGUACACACUAUUACGUGGUUUGUGGCGUUAUCUAUCACAAAAGGAUGAAUUUUCUGUCCUAAUAUUGGGAUUAGAUGGUGCCGGGAAAACAACGUAUCUAGAGCAAGCUAAGAUAAAUUUUGUUCCAAAUUACAAAUCAAUUCCAAUGCAAAAGAUUACCACUACUGUCGGUUUAAACAUUGGAUUUAUCGAGAUUGAUGGGAUACGACUUAAGUUUUGGGAUCUUGGUGGGCAAGAGGAACUUCAGUCCUUAUGGGACAAGUAUUAUGCUGAGUCAAACGGUAUUAUAUUUGUCGUUGACUCUGCAGAUUCUGAACGUUUUGAGGAAUCAAGAGAUGCUUUUGAUAAAAUGGUUAGGAAUCCUGUACUGGAUGGUGUACCUUUACUUGUUUUGGCCAAUAAACAAGAUCUGAAGAAUGCAUUCCAUCUUUCUGAAAUCAACAAAAUCUUUUAUGAUAGUUUGCGUUUGGUCGGGCAACGUCAGUGUACAUUUCAUGGUGUUAGUGCACUCAACGGAGAGGGAAUAAGCAGUAGUAUCAAAUGGAUGGUUGACAAGGUGAAAGCUAAUGCGGAACACAGACCACCCAAACAACUGGAGAUGGCAUGAUGUUUCAAUUCUUCUGUACAACAAACAGCAACAACUACUACUUGGUCUUUCUGAAAUUUGCAAAGGCUGAAAUUGUCUUUUAUGUAUUUAUUUCACACAAUUUGUAACGAUUCUUACAAUGAAUAAAUAAAUCAUAAAUGCAUGAACUUCUGUAUAACAAAAAAUA